AUGACCAGGCCCGUUUUCAAAGCUCCCCAGAACGAUGUGGUUAUGGCUGUGGUCGGACUUCAACUGACCCAUAGUCAGCUGAAAGCAAUCUUUGAUCGCGUGACCAAUAGCUGUGUGGCCGGUCACUGUCAACCAUGUGGAUCGCCCAAUGUGCACUGUUACGUCAUCAACCAGGCCGCAUUGGUGCUUGUUUCUUCCAAAGGAGAAAAAGAGGUUGGACAAAGUUUAAAGGAAAUCAAUUGUGCUUUGGUCGAAGCCAUGGUCAAUCAAUCUGCUCUGACUCAAUACUAUUUGUACGAUUUCCAAGGGAUAUGUAUCGAAGUGAGCCGAGAUGUGAUGAGCUUCGCCACACGACUAGUUGCGGUUCUGAAGAGCGCACAAGCUGGACCUGAAGGAGAUAGUCAAUGGGAGAAUACACUUAAGUUUGCAUCUUUGAAUACGCAAAUUCCCUCAGAAGAAGCUAUCGGAUUUUGA